AUGAAGGCGCAAGAGCGUGUUCUGGAACAUCGCAUUGAGAAGGCGGCGGCUGGAGAAUCGGAUUUGAUGCAGAAGAAACCAGGAGGAGGAAGUUACUAUGGCAAACAUGCCAUUAAAACCAAGUAUGGCAUUGAGCGUGUGGUCGAGGAUCUUAUACAGGAGGCCAUGUCCAAGGGGGAUUUCAAUAAUUUGAAUGGCGCUGGCAAACCGUUGUCCACGGCUCAAAUGCAGAAUCCCUAUUUGGAUUUUACCACUCACAAGCUGAACAAGAUUAUGCUGGACAAUGGCUUCACCCCAGAAUGGAUAAUGAUGAGUCGUGACAUACGUGAAGCAGUCCAAGAGCUCAAACAGCAGAUACGUAAGGAACGCAGCUUCUACGGAGAUUGGCCGCUAACGAACUCUGAUCAACAGGCAGCUUGGCAAUCCUUUGCUCAACUUCAUGAGGAGCAAGUUCGAGAAUUAAAUAAGUUGAUAGACAAGUAUAACCUGAUUGUGCCAAUUUUGGAGAAUCAGUUCUUUCGCCAGCACCUGGACAAGUUGGCCGAAAGCAUCUUCAAGGAACCGAAUUUACAGCGCAAUCUUCCACGACCCAAACAAAGCGUCAAAUCCAAAUCAGAAGUCAAGGAAAGGAACUUCAUGGUCACUUUCUUCUCCAGCAUGGGUUUUUAA